AUGGAAUCGGUUCCAGGUGAAACCGAACAAGCUCGGUCAUCCCAUUCGGCCAACGGGAAUAUAAUGAAACCGGCCAAUAAUUUAUUUAAUAUAAAUCAAGAACAAUCAUGUUUUUUCCAUGAAUAUGUCCAAAAACAUAAAGAAACCUUUGAAUUUAAAAAUGAACAAAAAUUCAACAAUAUGUUCAUUAAGAUAGUUAAUGAAAUUGAUGCAAUAUCAGCACGUAAUCAUCAACAAAGAAAUAUGGAAUCACCAUCACAUAAUAUGGAACCAUCACAUCAUGCUUUACUUAAAGAUCCACUAUAUCUUUCAAUAGUGAACGAUUUACGAAAUUUUCCAUAA